AUGAAUCACUUAAGUUUCGUAAAUGGAAGUAGCCAAGAUGAAAACUUUAAAGAUCAAAGAGAUGCUGAGCUCGAUGAAUUCGAAACAUCGAGUAAUGCUUUCAAAAUGGCGCAAUCUUCUUCGUCGAGGAACAGAAGGCAGAAGAAGUUGAUUGAUUCGGACUCUGACUCCGAUAAGGAAAAUGCAGUUAAUGGGUACGUUACUACAGGUUGUAUCUAGUAUUUGUUUUUUCGCGACCACAGAAACCAUCGAACACGUAUACUAUUUUUUUGUGCAACAGUGAUCGUAUAUUUUUGUCGAUCGCAUCGAAUGAUGUUUAUUCACUCUCCGAACAAAGCCUUUUUUGUCAUCUCGAGGACACCAAAAUCGAACAAGUGACAGAAAGGCUCUAUAGCAGGGAGAAUGUUUAUUAUAGACCUAAGGUUCUGUUACUUUCGAUCGCAAAUUAGAUAUAGAACCCAUGGAUGAAUACGGCUGAGUUCGAAUCGAGCAAUACACACUGAAUUUGAAAACACAGGCUACGGUAUAAGCCAGGGGCUGAUACCAAAAUUCUUUGCUUCCUUACAGUCUUUCUUCCCCAGCCAAGCUGGUCAAAAAAGACCUCCAUGAAUUAAAAGAAGAAAGGAUAGCUGCUUUUAAGAAAGGCAUUGAGUACAACGCAAAGGAAUUUGACAUCCCACCUUCUUCAGAUAGUGAGGUAAGCUUACACUUACUUGCUUAAAAGCUAGUUUCACUAGCGACGGAAUCAGUGUUGGAGUUGUAAUCGGAAGCAUAGAGCCUUUAAUACGAUCGAUUGAAAACAGUGCCUUGAAUCUGCUUACAACUCUGUUGCUAACUAUCUACUGAGAACUACAAUUAGGUUGUCGGAGUAACCUGCGUAACAGGCGCUUUAUUAGCCAAGUGAGGCAAAUGCGGCAUUUUGAGCAAAGCGCGAAGGGAGGAGAAAAAUAAAGUGCCUGUUUACCAGUCGACUGUUCUGGCUCUUCCUCCUGCCUACGCCCACAACUAUUGACUGACAGCAGUGAUGUUGGGUGAUGUCAAAAGGACCAGUCAAAACAGGAUCCAUUACUUGAAAAUUGUCACCUUUCUGGCUACCAGAAACACCGACAGCAGCAUAAACCACAGGAAAUAACAACUACAAGAGAUUUACUCAGUCAAAGUUUAGUUUAUGUCCAAACACAGCGGCGAGAAAGAAAAGGGGGAAAACCUGUUAUUCAAACAAAUUCCAAGGUCACGUUUCACAUUUAUAUCACAAGCUUAUGAGUGGUGUUUGGCUUGUCAACACUUUCAAAAAGUUAGUAAGUCAGGCCCAUGGGGGUACUCUGGAUUUCAAGUGACAGGGAUUAUUGAAGGAUUUUUUUGGGUCUAAAAUUUUCAAUUCCAGGACUUUUUUGGGUAGGAAAAUAAUAUUUGGCAAGUAUUUUUUUGGGUUAAGUAAGGAUUUUUGGGACUAUUCAGAACAAUCUGUCAAAGGCUCAUCGCCACAUAGUUCUCUGAAUGAAGUACAACCAAAGUUGUCUGCGGAAAUUUGGCAUGGGAUUUUUUGGGGGUUAAUAUUUGGCCCAGGGAUUUGCUUGGGUUUUGAUUUUUUCCCUGAUUCGAUCAUCGCGGGACUUAAAAUCUGGAGUACUGCCCCUGGGAAAUCAGGCUUUAUCCAAACCUAGUUGGAAGCAAUCCGAUCAAAGAACAUCUUUCCUCUUAAGUAAUAAUGUUAAACAUUGCUUUUGGUUUUCCUUUAUUUCCAGAACAACGCAUCAUCAAUUAACCAAUUUAUUGGAAUGCAACCUUCAUCUGGUGAACAUGGAAAGAGCCAGGACAAUGAACUGGUAACAGGCGCGUUUUUUUUUCUCCUCCCCUCAUCUUGCUCUUCGUGCAAACUGCCGCAUUCGCCUCGCUUGGCUCAUAAAGCGCCUGUUAUGCAGGCUAUUGUCGGAGUUGCAAGCAGAAGCAUACAACUGAACUUAUCACAAUCAUGGGACAUGCAUAUUUCUCUUAGGUAUGUCCCUUGGCUUCUGCUUCUGACUCUGACAAUGUUGUUGUUACUAGAUCGUAUGUGACAAGGUCAAAGCUGAGUCAGCAGAAAUAGAAACAUUCUGAUUCUUCUGACUUCGAUUCCAUUUAGCUUAUGCUACAGCUGUACAUGUAUGGCUCUGCUUACAUCUAAAAACUUUGUUUGUCUUUUCACUGCCAUGUUUGCUCUUUUCACUCUCACAACUCUGCUUAUGACUGGCUCCAUUGCAACUGAAAACCAGCCUUAAGGCCCCAAGGGGUUACUCCAGAGUUAAUGAUUGGAAAGGGGCAAAAAUCAAAACACAAAAAAAUACAUGUAUCCCUGGACCAAAAAUUAACCCCUGAAAAACCCCAUGCCAAAUUUCUAAGCCUUAGAAUUUUUCCAUUUUGGAUGAUAUUACACUAAGAAAAAUAGAAAUUGAAUGUUUGUGGUUGUUUAUUAGUCAUACCAUGUCUGAAUAUAUUUUUGUCUUAACUGAUUAACUAGAAUUACAUGGCCAGCAUACAUAUGUGGCACUAUACCACUCUAUACCAAUCUUCAGAUUGUUUUGUAAAUGUCUGACUAAUAUUGCAAUAUUUUUGGACAUAAUGCACCAAUCACUCAAAGCAUUUGAGGCGUGAAAAACUUAAUAAGUGCUGCGGCACUUAUUUGAGUAGAUACGAUAUGCCAAUUUAUGACUGACCAAUUUUGGAAUAUAUCCUUUCAAAAUAAAUGUUUGAAAGGACACAUGUACUUUUAAGUAAGAAAAAAAUUCCAGCUCUGGAACUACAAAAAAACCUACUUAAGUCAAGGAACCCACUUAACCAAAACAUUCCUUCCCCAAAAAAUCCAAGGAUGGAGGAUUUCAAACCCCCCAAAAUCCUUUGAUAAUUCCCAUUCAAGUAUCCAAGUACCAAAUUAUACUAAAAAAGAAUGAAACAGUUAACUGAAUUUCCUUUUUAAGCUUUCAUAUCUGAAUUCAUUAAUCCAGCUUUGAGCAACUGGGCCCUGGUAUUUUUAAUUGUCUACUAUGAGGUGUACUACAGCUCAUGGAGGUUCAACUGUAUUUUAUCUAAAGUUUGAUAGGCCUCCACGAAAUGAACAUUGCUCAAAGGAUCAGGCGGAGGAUACAGAGGUUUAUGAAACUUCGGAAAGUAGUCAAGAGAUAAUCGCACCCGCCUCAUCACAAAAGAAAAAGUUAUCAAGUGUUUUGGUCUCCAACUCUGAGGAGGAUUCCACAUCUGAUGCAGGGUAAAGUUAUUAUCAUUUGGAAGAUAAGUGAGUUAAUUAUGUGCAGUCAAACCCCGCUUUAUGGACACCCACCAAAUACCAACAUCUCAUUAUUACGGACAGUUUGCUUUGUCCCUGGAAAAAGAAAGCCCUUUUUUAUGAUCUAGAAAUUCAACCCACUUUAAUAAUACAGACACCCUGUUCAUAUGCCGAUUAUUGACAUCUUUUAUGGUCCCCUCAGUGUCGGUAUUAAUGGGUUUUGACUGUAUAAUUUAUGCUUUCAUGAAAUCUUGUUUGAUUGAGUACAUUAAUCAAGGGGAAACGUAAGGAAAUUCUUUCCUUUUUUGGACACUCAGACUCCGCCUUCUGACUUUUGUUUGAUUAGUAUCAGGAUCCUUAAAAUGUGUUUCAUUGAGCACAAUAAUCAAGUGCAAACCUAGAUGAAAUUUUUUGCUAUUUUCUUGCACCCUUACUCCACCCUGUGAUAUAUGUCUGAUCGGUAAUAAAACCCAUGAUGUGUUUGACUGAGGACAGUAAUUGAGUGCAAACCUAAAAAAUUCUUUGGUUCUUUUCUUUCAGUCUUACUCCACCUUCUAAAACGGGAAAACGCGUAAUCCCACCAAGCAAAGAGAAGAUCAAAAGAAACCGUCUUCUUCAAGAAUUACAAGAAAAAAGAAAAAGAAAGUCUUCUACAAGGAAAGCCUCUGAAAGUGAGGAAGCUGGUCAAGAAAACCCUACACUUUGUAACUUCUCACUUACAUCAGAUAAUGAGGUUAGCUUUCAUUAUUUUACAUUGUAACUUGUUGACUACAGCUACCAGUGCUUCUAACCUACUCAUUCACUGUAAUUUUGCCAACAAAAGCUGUUCAAAACUAGUGAAGAGGUUUUCUGGUCACUCUCCAGCCUAAAAGCACCAAAUCAUCCCAAAACAUGUACAAUCUGACAAGUCAAGCACUAUGCUAAAUUACAGCUCCUGAAGUUCAGGUAUGCACAGAGGGCAAAAUUCGGAGACAGUUUUUGUGUUUAAAAGUGACACUGCCUGUAGUUAACCCGGGCUCUUGAGAGUAGAGUCAUGAGUGAAGACUUCUCUGAAAUUCAAAAACGUGUAUAUUCUCAGACCAUGUGCUUUAUGCUAAUUUUUACAAUAAUCAUGUGACUUUCCUGAUGUAAAUAUCAGUGCAUAUCAAGUUAUUACAUUCCUCCCCUUUCAGUUAGAGAAAUAGAAAUGUGAUUAUUAUCAGCAUGUUAAUUUCUAGAAAAUCAUUAUUUGUAAUCAUGAUACAAAACUAGUUUGGUGCAAUCAACAUUCAACAUAAAAACAACAAAAUCAAUGUUCAAUGUUCUCAUUCAAUGUUCUCAUUCUGCACUAUGCCUAUUUUGCAAAAUCUCCUUAGUGUCUGUCAAACACUGAUAAAUGCUUUGUCAUCGAUCUCCUGGGUAAAACCUCUGUUGUGGUCUCAGUGCUAUCUCUUGGACUGGUAGCUGUGUCAUUGCUUUGUGUUUCAACUCUUGUUUGCUGUUCAUAUGAAGGUGGUACAUUGUAUCUGCCUAGGUUGUGACUGUCCCAGAGCAUCAUCCUCAUUUGUGCCCUGUGCACUUAUCUUAA